CGCAGUUUGCCUCUAACGGUUUAAUUGCAGAGUAGCUGUAACUUUCUGGCGAGGUUAAAGUCAGUGAUGUCGAACAACAGCGCGGCCAGCAGCAGUUUAGCCAUCGCUCAGAAGGCGGUGAAGCAGCUGCGGCUGGAGGCCAGCGUCCGGAGGAUUAAGGUCUCUCAGGCGGCUGCAGAGCUGAAGACGUUCUGUCUGCAAAAUGCUCACAAAGACCCGCUGCUGACCGGGGUCCCCUCCAGUGAUAACCCAUUCAGGCCUCCCAAAUCAUGUGUUCUGCUUUGAGGAUUGGGAAGCAGAACGCAGCGACCAAACAGACUCCUGUGGACUUUAUCAAGGUGUCACUGCUGCUGAAGAUGAAGAAGAAGAAGAAGACCUCACCGCCUGCAGCUGAUUGUCAGACAGACUUUUAGUCAACGAAAAAACAAUUCAGUAAAAGAAAAUACGUCUGUUCCAACGCUUCUCCAGAAUUAAUCCCAUUUAGAUAUUGAAUAAUAAACAACUUUAUAUCCUAUAAGAUUGAGAUAUAUUUCAACAUGCUAGCAUAUUUCUAUUUUUCUAUUUUUAAAGGUUGUAGUUUAAUUCGCUUUUAAAACACAGCAAAGGCUUCUUUU